UGCCACUUAUUGUGGAGCCUAUAAAUAAAUAAAACGCUUCUUCUUCCUUCGCUUAUCUUAAGACUUAAGAUUACAGAGCGAUGGCGAUUAACGGCGAAGAUCGCAUCUCCGGCGAACGCCCGAUCAUCAUGGUCACCAACGACGACGGGAUAGACGCGCCUGGUCUCCGUUCUCUCGUUCGCGUCCUCGUCUCCACCAACCUCUACGACGUCCGCGUCUGUGCUCCCGAUUCGGAGAAGUCUGCUGUUAGUCACAGUAUCAUAUGGAGUAGACCUCUCACUGCACACCGUGUUGAAAUUGAAGGAGCUGAGGCCUAUGCUGUUUCUGGAACCCCUGCGGAUUGCACUGGGUUGGGCUUAUCGGAAGCGCUCUUCCCUUCUCUUCCUGACCUGGUUCUUAGUGGUAUAAACGUUGGUAGCAACUGUGGGUACAACAUCGUCUACUCUGGAACUGUUGCUGGUGCUCGUGAAGCCUUCAUUUAUGAUGUGCCUUCUGCCUCCAUAUCUUAUGAUUGGAAACGUGGAGACAUCAAUGUUAAUGAUUUUGUUCUCUCUGCCCAAGCUUGCUUGCCUAUUAUCAACAGCAUGCUCAGUGCCAUCAAGAACAAAACUCACCCAACAAACUGCUUUCUGAAUAUCGAUUUGCCGACUGAUAUUGCUAACCAUAAGGGAUACAAGUUAACUACACAAGGUAAAAGCUUGUGUAAAAUGGGAUGGAGACAAGUGGAGGAGGAAGCACAAGGUGCGAAGAUGCUGUCAACGAUGUUAAUGGAAACAGAAUCAGGAGUAGUCUCAGACAACAACGACACAUCUGCUCAUCAUUCAAACGAUAGCCGUUUGUUCAAGAGAGAGGUAAGGACUGUGGUGGUGGAAGAAGGCACUGAUCUUCACUUCCUACGAGAAGGAUAUAUUACAGUGACGCCGAUAGGAGCUCUCUCUCAGGUUGAUGUGGAUUGCCAAAACUACUACAAAGAAUGGCUUCCCAAGAUUUCUUCAUCCUUGUGAUGUCACCAAAUGAAAACAUAAAACUCUUUUGAUGAUUUAUCCAUUAUGGACCACAGUUUGUGGUAGACCUAUUAUCAGUAUACUCUUUUAAGUUAUUUUAUGUUGUGAUCAGCUAGUUUUCUUGCAAGUCAAUUACUGCCAGACGUGUUUCUUUUUCUUUUAAUUUAUGCAGUAGCUUAACCUC